AUGAGCACUUCAGAAAACCAUCUAUCUUUAAUUUUAUCAGACGCUGCUUUUCCGCUCUCUUCAUUUUCGUAUUCAUUUGGUCUCGAGUCAUACUUAUCGCAUCAACCUCAAAGAACUAAUAGUGCUUUUUUUGACUUUUUGCCAUUGUCAUUGAACUCAUUGCUGUACACAAACCUGCCAACGGUUAAAGAAACAUGGGACAAGCCAGAAAACUACCAGGAAAUAGAGGAAUUCUUUGAAAGCACCCAGAUUUGUACGAUCGGUCAGAAAGUAUCGACCAUGCAAGGGAAAGCUUUACUUGGAUUAUGGAUAAAAUCAUUUUCUAGCAUUAUGAGUUCAAAUGAAGAAGCAAAACAUUUGAUGAGUUACGAUUACUUGGUCCGACAUAGGAAGGCACACGGCCACUUCCCAGUGGUUUGGGGUAUCUUAUGCAAAACACUUGGAAUUUCUUUAGAAAGGACAUGUUAUCUAUAUUUAUUAAAUCACGCAAAGUCUAUAUGUUCUGCUGCUGUUCGACUAGACGUAUUAAGUUCUUUCCAGUAUGUGUCCACUCUAGUACACCCCGAAACCGAAACACUUUUGGUAGAGUCAUUAAAAGUUGCAUUAAGUCUAACUUUGGAAGAUACUUCCCAAACUUGGUAUCCAUUAGACCUGUGGCAAGGGAGACAUAGUCUGUUAUACAGUAGAAUCUUUAGUAGCUAA